AUGACGAAGAGCGGAGACAACGGGGGUCUCUGGGGACAACCUCCUCUGGACGCCCAUCUGCAGGAGGACCACGGCGCAGCAAUGAGACUCAGUCCCUGUCCAGCCAGCCGACACGGCACGGGGAGGGCGGACAUUGGGGUGCUGCCUCUCUCCCUGAUGCCAGCUGCCCUCCUCCUCCUCCUCAGCCCCACCGGCACCACCUCCGAGCCCGUGCUGUUGCCAUUCCCAGAGAUACGGCUCGCCAACGGGCCCAGCCGGUGCCAGGGGCGAGUGGAGAUCCUCUACAACGGCUCCUGGGGGACGGUCUGCGAUGAUGACUGGGACAUUGUGGAUGCCAACGUGGUGUGUCGCCAGCUGGGCUGCGGCCAUGCCAUCACCCUCCCGGCUGCCAUGACCUUCGGCCAAGGGAGCGGACCCAUCUUCCUGGACAACGUGGACUGCAAGGGCCGGGAGGCAGCCUUGAGCGAGUGCUGGAGCCACGGCUGGGGCAUCCACAACUGCUACCACUACGAGGAUGUGGCUGUCAUAUGCAAUGAGCUCUCGCCCACGCAAGCCAGCGAAGGACCGACGAGCAGGACCCUCACAGCCUCGGUACAGGACGGGGAAAGUGACGGCAGCAUCCGUCUGGUGAGCGGGACCGACACCUGCCAAGGCCGGGUGGAGAUCUUCUACCGCGGGAACUGGGGCACCGUCUGUGACGACGACUGGGGCCUGAGUGACGCCAGCGUGGUGUGCAAGCAGGUGGGCUGCGGCCAAGCCCUGGAUUACAAAAGCAACGCCUAUUUCGGCUACGGCACGGGCCACAUCCUCCUGGACAAUGUCAACUGCGACGGCAGCGAGCCCUUCCUCUCCGCCUGCUACAGCCUCGGCUGGGGCAUCCAUAACUGCGGCCAUCACGAGGACGCUGGGGUCAUCUGCACAGGGCUGGACACGUCCACCAUCACGUCCUUCACCACCUCGGUGGCCCUGGACUACGAAGAGACACUCACCGCCACAGCCACAGCAGUGACAGACGGCAGGGACCAGCCCUCCCAGGCCACCGAGGUGGUCACCACCACCCUCCUCACCGUCGAGCAGGAAAGUGGCGGUGUGCGGCUGGCGAACGGGAACGGGAGCUGCCGCGGGCGGGUGGAGGUGCGGCACCGUGGCACCUGGGGCACCGUCUGCGACGACGACUGGGACUUCCCCGACGCCCAGGUGGUGUGCCGGCAGCUGGGCUGCGGCGCCGCCCUCGCUGCCACCAUCCUCGGCUCCUUCGGCUACGGCAGCGGGCCCAUCCUGCUGGAUAAUGUGGGCUGCGGCGGCGGCGAGGCUCGCCUGGCCGACUGCUUCCACCUGGGCUGGGGGCAGCACAACUGCGGCCACCACGAGGACGCCGGGGUCAUUUGCCGAGGAGCUGACGAUGCUGGAGACUAUUUCCAAGAAGCCACCGCUACAACCACCACAUCGGCCCCGACCCGUCCCAAGGAUGGGUCCCUGCGCCUGGUGAACGGCAGCCACCGGUGCGAGGGGCGCGUGGAGAUGUUUUACCUGUCCCAGUGGGGGACGGUGUGUGACGACGCCUGGGACCUGCGGGACGCCAAGGUGGUGUGCAGGCAGCUGGGCUGCGGGCACGCUGUGGCGGCCUGGGGGGAGGCACGCUAUGGCCGGGGCACCGGCUACAUCUUCCUCGACAACCUCAAGUGCAAGGGCCACGAGCCCUCACUGCUGCGCUGCUCCCACAUCCGCUGGGACGUCCACAACUGCGACCACUCCGAGGAUGCCGGUGCCGUCUGUGGUAUCCUAUGA